CGCAAGAAACAAAAAGCAAGAAUAUUAUAUAGUGAAAGCAAAUAAAUUUUCUUCUUUUCGGUCAGUAAAAAGCCGCAAAGAAAAAUUAAUUAUUAGAGAACAAAGAACUCAUCUGCUAUGGCUUAAUUGGGAUGGAACUACAACUUUACAGCUUAUGACUUAUCAAUGGCAACUAAGAGAAACAAAGUCAUCGACGUUAAUUAUCUUUCUCUGUGGAUGCAUGUAAUUAUUUACUUAUUCCUUGGAAGGAUCUACUAUAGUCAAUUGCUUAAUUGAACUUUCCUUCUAGUUCUCUAGUCAAUUACAUGAGUUUGGGAAAAUGUUGGGGGGUUUCUAGAUGCAUGCAGUACGUACUUCAGUGCUAUAAAUAAGAGCUUCUGCAUAUUGAGGUAAUCAGAUUUCUUACGUACAACAAAAUGGCCAAUACUGAGGAGCGUCUGCGACAGCUAAAGGCCUUUGACGAAUCCAAAGCUGGGGUCAAAGGUCUUGUCGAUGAUGGAAUCACCAAAGUCCCGUCCAUUUUCAUUUGCAAGCCAGAAGAUCCCUCAGCCGAGGACAUCCCAAGUUUCUGUACUCCAACUGGCCAACACCAAUUCAGUAUUCCAGUUGUGGACCUUGGUGAUGUUGUCGCUGCAGGAAGGCCUGCUAAGGUGAUCCAAGAUAUCCGGCGGGCUGCAGAGAGUGUGGGAUUCUUUUAUGUGGUUAACCAUGGGAUACCCAAGACAGUGUUGGAGGAGAUGCUCGAGGCGACGCGUAGGUUUCAUGAGCUGCCAAGGGAGGUGAAGGCUGAGUACUAUACUAGGGAUCCCAAGAGGAAGGUCAAAUACUUUAGUAGCUAUAAUUUGUACGAGUCAAAGUUUGCUGCUUGGAGGGACAGCAUGUUUUGUGACAUGGCUCCCGAGCCUCUUGAUCCCCAAGAAUUGCCUCUGGUUUGCAGGGAUAUAACUAUGGAGUAUAAUAGUCAAGUACACAAAUUAGGUGUCACUUUGUUUGAAUUGCUAUCUCAAGCACUUGGACUCAAACCUGACCAUCUUAUCAGUUUGGAUUGCGAAAAAGAGCAUCUUAUUGCUAGUCACUACUAUCCUCCAUGUCCUGAGCCUGAGCUCACAAUUGGCACAGCCAACCACUCAGAUGGCACUUUCAUAACAAUUCUACUUCAAGAUCAUAUUGGUGGACUUCAGGUUUUGCAUGAAAACCAGUGGAAUGAUGUUCUUCCUCUGCCUGGAGCUCUAAUAGUCAACAUUGGAAAUUUUAUGCAGAUAAUCUCAAAUGAUAAGUUCGUAAGCGUUGAUCAUAGAGUGUUGGCAAAGAAAGAAGGUCCAAGAGUAUCUGUGGGAUGUUUUUUCCGACCUGCGACGUCGCAUAAUUCGUCGAGGCUGUACGAGCCAAUUAAAGAGUUGACAUGCAAAGAAAAUCCACCCAUUUAUCGAACAAUUACCACGAAAGAAUAUUAUACAGAGUAUUACAAAAACUCUAUAAAUGAGGUCCCUGUUCUAAAAUCUUUGAAGUUGUGAAGUUUGUCCGUGGAAUAUGUAUGU